AUGUUUUUCUCGCAACUGCCGGCUCACCUCGCCAAGGCAGAGGAGCUCAAGCAGCCCCCGCCCAAGGGCACUCCCUACUCGGUGGGCAUCCCGGGUACUGAGCAGGCUGGUCGGAGUCGUGUUUACCGAGCAUGGAACUACCAGAAGGAGCUGCUGAAGACGCUGGAUCCUCAGGUCGUCACUGCCCACGAUAUGUUUGAGUCGACCGCCAACCGCCAACCCAAGAACCACUGCCUCGGCUGGCGCUCAUAUAACCCGGCUACCAAGUCGUUCGAUCAAUAUCAAUGGAUCACCUAUGAGGAGGUGCAGAAACGGCGGGCUGCAUUCGGUGCUGGACUGGUCGAGCUGCAUCAGAAGCACAACGUUCACCGUCCAGGCCAGUAUGGAAUCGGCCUGUGGUGUCAGAACCGUCCUGAGUGGCAGAUCACCGAUCUGGCCUGCAUGUCCCAGGGUCUUUACUCUGUCUCCAUCUACGAUGUCCUGGCUUCGGACGCCACUGAAUACAUUAUUAACCAUGCCGAACUUAGCUGCGUCGUCACCUCGCUCCCGCAUAUCCCUACUCUCCUUAAGCUGAAGUCGACCAUGCCCGGUCUUAAGAUGAUUGUUAGUCUGGACCCGCUCGACGCCGGCGAGCAGGACGGCCACUCGAAGCGCGCUCUGCUCGAGUCCGUCGCCGCUGGCCUGGACGUCUCUAUCUACACCAUCAGCGAGGUGGAGGCCCUCGGCGAAGCCUCCAAGCGCGGAUACAAUCCUCCCUCGCCCUCAGACAUUGGUGUCGUCCUGACUCACCAAAACGCCGUCGCCGCCACCUCAGCCGGUCUGAUCACCAUUGGCCAGGCCCGGGGUGACACCAUGUGCUCGUACCUCCCGCUGGCACACAUUUAUGCCCGACUGGCCGAGCACACAGCCUUCUGGGGUGGUGCGCGAAUUGGCUAUUUCCAUGGCAACAUCGUCGAGCUGGUCGACGACCUCAAGCUCCUGAAGCCGACAGGCUUCAUGUCCGUGCCCCGUCUGUACUCCCGCUUCGGCACCGCCGUGCGCGCUGCCACCGUCGAGCAGCCCGGCUUCAAGGGCGCAUUGUCCCGCCACAUCGUUGCGACCAAGACAGCCAACCUCAAGAACCCUGACCCCUCCAAGGCGACGAUCCGCCAUGCCCUGUACGACCGCAUCUGGGCGAAGAAGGUACAUGGUCUCGGGCUCGGCCCCCUCGACCCAACCCUGCACAACUUCCUUCGCGUCGCGACCGGCACCGAUGUCCUCCAGGGCUACGGUCUAACCGAGUCCUAUGCCUGCGGCACCGCCCAGUCCACCGACGACCUAACCUCCGGCAACUGCGGCCGCCUCGCCCCCUGCGUCGAAGCCUGCCUCGUCUCCCUCCCAGACAUGGAAUACUCCGUCGACGACAAGCCCUACCCACGCGGCGAGCUGCUCCUCCGUGGCAACAACAUGUUCACCGAGUACUUCAAGAACCCCGAAGAAACCUCCAAGGCCAUGACCGAGGACGGCUGGUUCCGCACCGGCGACGUCUGCCAGAUCGACGAGAUGGGCCGCUUCAUUAUCAUCGACCGCCGCAAGAACGUCCUCAAGCUCGCGCAGGGCGAGUACAUCUCCCCCGAGCGUCUGGAGGGCAUCAUCCUCUCCGAACUGGGCUAUAUCGGCCAGGCCUACGUCCAUGGCGACAGCGUCCAGACCUUCUUGGUUGGUAUCUUCGGUGUCGCACCGGAUAUGUUUGCGCCGUUCGCGUCCAAGGUUCUGGGGAAGAAUAUCGCCCCGAAUGAUAUCGAGGCUAUCAAGGCUUCCCUUUCGGAUGAUAAGCUCCGCCGCGCUGUCCUCCGUGACCUUGAGCGCGUCGCGAAGAAGCAUAAGCUAGCUGGCUAUGAGCGUGUUAAGAAUGUUUCGCUUAAGGUUGAGCCGUUUACUGUUGAGAACAACCUGCUGACUCCGACCCUCAAACUGAAACGUCCUCCCACCACAAAACUCUACCGCCAACUGCUUGACCAGCUCUACGCCCAGGCUCUGGAGGAGCAGAACGCCCCCCGUGCGAAGCUUUGA